UGGGGGUCUUAAUAGUAACGUACUGUGGAACCAGUCGGUUCCUUUAACACACAUUUGAGUGGGAUUACGAAGUACUGAAUGACGACUCCCAGAAGUUUCUUGGCCAUGUAGCCAGGCAUACUGUAGAGGAACAGGGCCACGAUGGCAAGCAGGAGCAGAGCCAGAACGAUUUUGAUGACCAGCCACUUGUACUGGUUGCAGACAAGGUGCCGGAUUGCUUUUAGUGGGCUGCUGUGCUUCUACCAGGUUUAUCUACAAUCAAAUUAUACUUUUGAUGAUUUGAGAAGGCAUUCUUUCUCUUCUAUCUAAUGUUGCUGCAGAGGAAGGUGACAGCAGAUGAUCAGAACAGAAAGUGAGUGGAUCUCCCAGCAGUGAAUGCUCAGGACCCUGGAGUAUACUGGGGAAGAAAAAAGGGGGAUUCAUUCAGUUGAAUUAUGGAUUCAAGUUGCUGUUUUGGAGAAUUUUUCUCGCGACAGUUGGCGUAAAUGGUGUGACAUCAGCUCAGCUCUCGUGGCCCUCCCCCACCAGAGGCAAGGAAAAUUAGAGGGAGUGCAUCAGGACAAGACUCUCUCCAAAGUUCUCAAGCAGCCUCCCAGCACCACGUAACAUUUCCUCAAAGAACUCGUCCAGUGUCGGCUCCCAACAAACAUGGACUGUUUUCCCAUGCUUUAUUUUCUGUCGAGACAUCAUGAUUCCUGGUAAUCGAAUGCUGAUGGUCAUUUUAUUAUGCCAAGUCGUAUUGGGAGAGAGCAACCAUGCUAGUUUGAUACCUGAGGAAGGAAAGAAGAAAGUGUCGGGUCAUCACCCGGGUCAGAGUCAUGAACUGCUCCGGGACUUUGAGGCCACGCUGCUGCACAUGUUUGGCCUACAGAGGCGGCCGCGGCCCAGCCGCUCAGCGGUGGUGCCCCAGUAUCUGCUGGACCUCUACCGGCUGCAGUCGGGCGAGGCAGACGAGGCCGGAGCUCAGGAGGUCAGCUUUGAGUAUCCUGAGAGGUCCACGAGCCGAGCCAACACUGUAAGAGCAUUCCAUCAUGAAGAGCAUAUGGAGCAGGUGCAAUCGGAUGGGCCAUAUACCACUGGUACUCCACUUCGCUUCCUCUUCAACCUGAGCAGCAUCCCGGAGGACGAGCUGCUGUCCACAGCAGAGCUGCGCUUGUACAGAAAACAAAUCGAAGAGGCCAGCUCAGAGGACGCUGGAAAUGAGGGGCUCCACCGGAUAAAUGUCUAUGAGGUGCUAAAGCCGCCGCGGCCUGGGCAGUUGAUCACGCGGCUCCUGGACACACGGCUGGUGCACCACAAUACCUCCAACUGGGAGAGUUUUGAUGUGAGUCCGGCUGUGCUGCGCUGGACCCGUGACCGCUUGCCAAAUCAUGGACUGGCCGUUGAGGUGCUGCACCUGAACCGAACGCUGAGGCACCAGGACAAGCAUGUACGCAUCAGCCGCUCCCUGCACCAGGCUCCAGGCGAAGACUGGGACCAGCUGCGCCCUCUGUUGGUGACUUUUGGCCAUGAUGGCAAAGGCCACCCGCUGACGCGCAGGACCAAACGCAGCCCCAAGCAGCGAGGCCGCAAGCGCAACCGCAACUGCCGGAGACACGCGCUCUAUGUGGACUUCAGUGAAGUAGGCUGGAAUGACUGGAUAGUGGCCCCUCCCGGCUACCAGGCCUACUACUGUCAUGGGGAAUGCCCUUUCCCUCUGGCAGACCAUCUGAACUCCACUAACCACGCUAUUGUACAAACACUGGUCAACUCGGUGAACAGCAAUAUCCCCAAGGCCUGCUGCGUGCCCACUGAGCUCAGUGCCAUCUCAAUGCUCUACUUGGAUGAGACUGACAGGGUGGUCCUGAAAAACUACCAAGAAAUGGUAGUAGAGGGUUGUGGCUGUCGCUAGUCCAUUAUGAAUUAAGAAACACUCGUGCAAUGAACACGAUGUCUAACAGCCCCAUUGUACACCCAAAUAUCAUCACUUGGACGCUUAUUUAUAACGUUUAUGUUGAGAUGUAUGUUUGUCUCCUUUUUGUUUCCUUGACCAUAUGAUCAUAUAUUUUGACAAAAUAUAUAUAUUUAUAUCUACAUAUUAAAAAAUAAAAGUGAGACCCUAUUUUAAACAUUAAUAAGAAGCUGUACAACUUUUCAUAAUGUAUAUUAGAUUGUAUAAGGGUUUUAAAUGAGAAAAUAAUACAAAAAAAUCACCAAAAAUGUAAAGUAUAUAUACUGGUAAUAUUUAUUUCUUUCAUACUAUAUACAUUUACAGAAAAAAUGGGAAAUGCAUAACCUCCCAGCCAACUUCCUAUUUGAGCAGAUGAACAAAAGCAAUAUGCUUCAUUUGUGUACGGAAAUAGAGCACUGUGUGAGAUGAUUAACUGGUUUGUGUGAGAAAUCAGUUGAAGAAAUCAUAAAUGUACUUUGAUUUUAAUUCACAUUUUUGCAUCAACUUUUAGACAUGUGAUUUUAGAUGUCCCCAUAAUUUGUUCCUUUUUUUUAAAUAAAUUGUGAAACGCUA